GACUUCCGCCUUCUGUAUAGUCACAUGUGGCGCCCGUUUAGGUUCACUUCCGCGUUUGAACAGAAACCAUUAAAUCCUUUGAAUAAUGCAAGCGUUUUAACGCGAAUAUAGUCAGGAGUUUAUUUAUUCAGUGUGUGUUUAUUGAUACCACCGGAUAUUUUGACGUAAUGUCUAUAAGUAUUGUUUAAAGACAUUAAGUGCGACAGUUUGGGAAAGAAGAUCCCAGGCUGGGUGGAUAGCUAUUAAGAUCUUUACUUGUAUUUAUCUACAGUAAACACGGUCAUAGGAAUUCCGAAAGGUGUCACCUUGGAAAGUCAUGUUGCUGUCUCUGAGACUAAUCGCUCCUCUUUUCCUACUACUUGCUGGAGUGCAAGCUGAGUUCACCACAAAAAACUGCAAGCUGAUUUCAGGGAGCGAAUCUGAGCAAAAUGCGCUCAAUUUACUGGAGCCUCUCACCAAUCAAAACUUCACCGCAGAAAGACCGGGGGACGGAUAUGUGUAUAUUUUUCAGGUGUGUGGAGAUGCCAGCGGAAUGAAGGAUGCAGGUCUUGUGCAGAAAGAUAAAAAAGAUGGAACGCUGGUGCGAAUCGGCAACUACAACAAAACACGAGCUAUUAGAGGAAGUGACUGGAUUCUGCUCUUCUAUGAGGAGGGAGAUAAAUACGACACCCAUUGUUCAAAAGAGCCGAGAAGAGCCAUGAUUAUGAUUUCAUGCAGUAAGAGUACCAAGAAUGCAUUUUCGGUGGUUUUGGAGGACAAUCAGAAGGACCAGGACUGUUAUUACCUGUUUGAACUCGAUUCUGAUGCAGUCUGUCCUGUAAUCCCAUCCAAACUCAGUGCCGGCUCCGUAAUCCUUAUUAUUGUACUCUGCUGCCUGGCUGUGUAUCUCACUGGUGGAUUCCUCUAUCAGAGACUCGUAGUUGGAGCCAAGGGAGUUGAGCAGUUCCCUAACUAUGCCUUUUGGUCACAGAUUGGCAACUUAUCUGCUGAUGGAUGCGAUUUUGUCUGUCGGUCCCGUGGCAACAGAGAAGAAGCGCCCACAUAUAGAGGCGUGGCUACGGAACCUCUUGGGGAAGAGCAAGAGGAAAGGGAUGACCAUUUACUUCCCAUGUGACCACAUCACAUGAACCAAUGAGAAGAAGCUGGACAGUUAUUACGGUUUUGGAACCCAAAGAGAGAUGUUCAGUUCAGCAGAUGCAUUUCUAGUUCAGAGUUGCUGUUUUUUUCUUCACAAUAGCACUUAUUCACUAUUUAUCCAUUAAAAUGUUGAUUUGGUGUUUGUUAAAUGUUAUAGUUUGCUAACUAGUUUUCAAAAAUCCAAAGACAUAUAUUGGAUCAUUUGAUACUUAUUACAAGAUGUCAUCAACAUGCAACACUGCCCCUGUUUUCUCUCUUUAUAGGAAGUAAAAGACAUCAACGCUG